UGAAGACAUUAGUUGGUUUUUUUCUUUUUUUUUUUUUCUCCCUUCCCUAAAAUAAAAAGCGGCUGCAACAAAAACACACUCAAAUGCAGUUAGAAGGAAAAGGUCAACUCGAUCCAAUACAGACCGACAAGGUGGACGUGGACUGCGGGUUGUGAACCUAGACGCACCUGGGGGAGGAAGACAAGAAGAGUUGAACUUAAAGAGAGCCCAACGGAGAUAAACGAAUGUCCCCGCAUCUCCAAAGGAAAGUUCAUCGGAUUUUUACUCUAGAGAUCUCAUCUUCAGGAUGUCAUUGAACACUUCCACUGCAGAAAAAGGUGUGGAUCCAAACGCGGUUGACACUUACGACAGUGGCGAUGAUUGGGAAAUCGGUGUUGGGAAUUUAAUAAUCGAUUUGGACGCCGAUUUGGAAAAGGACAGACAGAAAUUUGAGAUGAAUAAUUCUACUAAUACCACCAGCAGCAGCAACACCAGCUCCAAGGAUUGCGGGGGUCUGGCUUCCAGUGGGGCUAAUGCUACCUCAGCCUUAGCUGAUGGCCUAAAAUUUGCUUCUGUUCAGCCCUCUGCUCCCCAGGGGAAUUCCUCUCACAAAGAGACUAGCAAAUCAAAAGUGAAAAGGAGUAAAACUUCUAAGGAUGCUAAUAAAUCUCUGCCUUCUGCUGCCUUGUAUGGGAUUCCUGAGAUCAGCAGUGCUGGCAAGAGGCAGGAAGUCCAAGGGCGCCCUGGAGAGGCAACUGGCAUGAAUUCAGCAUUGGGUCAAAGCGUGAGCAGUAACCCAAACGGCAAUAAUAACAACACCAGCAACACCACCACCAUUGCCUCUUGUGGGAAAAACAAAGAGGAGAAACCAGGUAAAGCCCCGGGCAGCAGAGGCUCCAAGAGGGAUAAGGAUGCAGGAAAAUCCAGGAAGGACAAGCAGCACGACCUGCAGCAGGGCCACCCCAACGGCAGUGGGGGUGGCAAUAGCCAGGCUCCCCCUGGGCACCUCUAUGGCUUUGGGGCCAAGGGAGGCGGUGGUGGAAGCAGCAGCCCCUUCCACUGCACCUCCUCUGCUGUGGGGGAGGUGAGCAAAAGUACCCCGGAUUCAGGGUUAAUGGGGAACUCUAUUUUGGUAAAGAAGGAAGAGGAGGAGGAGGAGAGCCACAGGCGAAUCAAGAAAUUGAAAACAGAAAAGGUUGAUCCCCUGUUUACAGUGCCUGCACCUCCACCUCCGAUUUCCAGCAGUAUCACACCUCAGAUUCUGCCUUCCUACUUUUCCCCAUCUUCAUCCAAUAUUGCAGCACCAGUCGAGCAGCUUUUGGUACGGACUCGUUCAGUGGGUGUAAAUACUUGCGAGGUUGGAGUAGUAACAGAACCUGAAUGCCUUGGACCCUGUGAGCCUGGGACCAGCGUGAACUUGGAAGGAAUUGUGUGGCAUGAAACUGAAGAAGGUGUCCUAGUGGUAAAUGUUACAUGGAGGAACAAGACUUAUGUAGGAACACUGCUGGACUGCACAAAGCAUGACUGGGCCCCUCCUAGGUUUUGUGAAUCGCCAACAAGUGACCUGGAAAUGCGUGGAGGACGGGGCAGGGGAAAGCGAGCAAGGUCUGCUGCAGCUGCAGCUGUACCUGGGAACGAUGCGAGUUUUGCAGAGUCCAGAGGACUUCAGAAUAAGAAUCGAGGUGGUGCCAAUGGGAAGGGGAGGAGGGGCAGCCUGAACUCAAGUGGGCGCAGGACACCCCCAAACUGCGCCAUGGAUGAAGUCAAAGCCAGCCCCUCAUCCACAAACAAGAGGAAGACUAAGCCUCCAAUGGAGUUAGAUUUGAACUCCAGUUCGGAGGACAAUAAAUCUGGAAAACGCGUUCGUACUAACUCUAGAAGCACUCCCACCACCCCACAGGGGAAACCCGAGACUACUUUUUUGGACCAAGGCUGCUCUUCUCCAGUGCUGAUUGACUGUCCUCACCCCAACUGCAACAAAAAGUACAAGCACAUUAAUGGACUACGAUACCAUCAGGCUCAUGCACAUUUAGACCCAGAGAACAAGCUGGAGUUCGAGCCUGACAGUGAAGACAAAAUUUCAGACUGUGAGGAAGCAUUGAGUAACGUGGCACUUGAAUGCAGUGAGCCAAGCACAAAUUUGCCAGGCUUUGAUCCACUAAAAGCACCGACAUCUCCGUCCUCCAUCACUACCCCAGGGACACCCAAGGGAAAAAGGGAACUGACCAGCAACGGCCCCGGUUCAGUUACCAGUUCCAAAACCGGCAAGAAUUCUGGCAAAAAGAAAGGUCUGAACAGUGAAUUGAACAGCCUUCCGGUAAUUUCUAAUAUGGCAGCCACACUGGAUAAUUGCUCAGUAGCAGAUGGCAAUUUGCAAACGGAAAUGCCCAAAUUGGAGGCUGAAGGGUUAAUUGAGAAGAAGAGUUUGGGUGAUAAAGGCAAGAAAGCCAACAAUUGCAAAGUGGAUAAAAACCUUUCCAAACUGAAAACAGCAAGGCCCAUUGCCCCAGCGCCAGCACCGACUCCUCCCCAAUUAAUAGCUAUACCUACUACAGCCUUUACAACCACCACUACAGGGACAAUACCGGGACUGCCCUCUCUAACAACUACUAUUGUUCAGGCUACACCAAAGAGCCCUCCGCUAAAACCUAUUCAACCAAAGCCCACAAUUAUGGGAGAGCCAAGCACUGUAAACCCAGCUCUCACAUCACUCAAAGACAAAAAGAAAAAGGAGAAGCGAAAGCUGAAGGACAAAGAAAGCAAAGAGACGGGAAGCCCCAAGAUGGAUUCUAAGCUGGGAAAGCUGGAGGAUUCAAAAGGGUCUGGGAAAGACUUAUCUGGACAUUUUUUGAAGGACCAUCUCAACAAGAAUGAAGUGUUAGCUAAUGGACUGUCAGAGUCUCAAGAGAGCAGGAUGGCAAGUAUUAAGGCUGAAGCUGAUAAGGUUUACACGUUCACAGACAAUGCGCCCAGCCCUUCCAUAGGGAGUGCCUCCAGGAUGGAAUGCAGCACUUUGGUGAAUGGACAAUCUGCCAUGGCGCCACUGCACGUGUUGACACAAAACGGUGCAGAUAGCGCAGCCACUAAAACCAACAGCCCUGCUUACUCAGAUAUUUCUGAUGCAGCUGAUGAUGGUGGCUCUGACAGCAGGUCAGAGGGCAUGAGGUCAAAGGCCAGCUCUCCAUCGGAUAUUAUUUCUAAUAAGGAUGGUGUUGUAAAAGGACAUUCUUCAACCACAGCACAAUCGGCUCAAGCGAAAGAGUCCCAUUCUCCCUAUUACCAUGGCUACGAUCCUUAUUAUUCACCAAGUUACAUGCACUCUGGACAGGUCAGUGCCCCAGCAGCUGGGAACAGCAGUACCCCACAGGGACUGAAGAUCAAAAAAGAGGCUGAGGAAGAGGCUGAAAAGAAAGAGAAGGCAGAACCGUUGGAUGCCAAGAAAAGCGAAAGCACUUCCUCUAAUUUGCAGCCACAACAUCAGUCGGUAAUAACGCAAAGACACCCUGCACUUGCUCAGUCACUUUAUUACGGACAGUAUGCCUAUGGGCUCUAUAUGGACCAAAAGUCCUUAAUGGCCUCUAACCCUGCUUACAGGCAGCAGUAUGAAAAAUACUAUGAGGACCAGAGACUAGCAGAACAGAAAAUGGCACAAACUGGGAGGGACUGUGAAAGGAAAAAUGAUCCCCCCUUGAAGGAGAUUGGGAAGGAUGACAACAAGCAGAAGAAUAUUCCAUCUGCCACUAUUUCAAAGGCACCUUCAACUCCAGAAUCCAGCAAAAAUAACACUAAGAUAGGGUCAUCAGUCCCUAACAAAGGUGAGGAGACGAGCAAAUCACAGAUCCUUUCCAACCACCAGCAGCAGCUUCAGUCUGACAGUUUCAAAGCCAAACAAAUGGAGAACCACCAGCUCAUAAAGGAGGCUGUAGAGAUGAAGUCUGUUAUGGACUCCAUGAAGCAAACGGGAGUAGAUCCAACCACAAGAUUUAAACAGGAUCCAGAUUCACGAACAUGGCAUCAUUAUGUCUAUCAGCCCAAAUACCUUGAUCAGCAAAAACCAGAAGAACUUGAUCGUGAGAAAAAAUUAAAAGAAGACAGCCCUAGAAAAACACCUAACAAGGAAAGUUCCCUGCCUAACCUUCCUGUCUCAUUAGCGAGCAUUAAAGAGGAGCCUAAAGAGGUCAAGCGUUCUGAUUCUCAAUCAGUGGAUGAGAGCAAGAUAAAAAACGAUGAUCGAAAGACUCCUGUAAAUUGGAAGGACUCUCGGGGUGCUAGAGUAGCAGUUUCCUCACCAAUGAGUCAGCAUCAGUCAUAUAUCCAGUACUUGCAUGCUUAUCCUUAUCCACAGAUGUACGAUCCCAACCAUCCAGCCUAUCGCGCAGUCUCUCCUGUCCUAAUGCACAGCUAUCCUGGGGCCUAUCUCUCUCCAGGAUUUCAUUAUCCAGUUUAUGGAAAGAUGUCAGGGAGAGAAGAGGCGGAGAAAGUCAAUACCAGCCCAAGCAUCAAUGCGAAAUCAACCACUGAGUCCAAAGCACUGGAUUUGCUCCAGCAGCAUGCCAACCAGUAUCGCAGCAAGUCCCCUGUUCCUGUGGAAAAAUCAGCAGCUGAGCGUGAACGGGAAGCAGAAAGGGAACGAGACCGUCAUUCUCCUUUUAGCCAGCGGCAUCUCCAUACGCACCAUCACACACAUGUUGGAAUGGGUUACCCCCUUAUACCUGGACAAUAUGACCCAUUUCAAGGAUUGACCUCUGCUGCCCUUGUUGCCACUCAGCAGGUGGCUGCGCAGGCAUCUGCAUCUGGUAUGUUUCCUGCACAAAGAAGAGAAUGAUGAGUUUGGAGAUGUACGUUGUCAUGUGACUGGAUCACAUGAGGAAGCGCUUUAUUACAGACAUCAGUUCCAUGGUGUUAAUUUGAAAUGCCUUAAUGGCAGGCAAAAACCAGUCAUUUCAUUUUUGUAAAUUGCAGAUUUUAUCACAGAGUAACAAAUGUUGCUGUAAUUAGACUUCUGUUUUUAUAUAUAUAUAUAUGCGUAUAUAUAUAUAUACAUAUAUAUAUAAAAAUAUAUAUAUAUUCUUUACUUUUUUUGUAUCAGUACCAAGGCUCGCACACAGGGUCUGCUGCUAAGUUGCGAACCACACAGUAAAGGAGAUAUGUAUUUGUCAUGUUUAGAAAGCGUUAACCGCAAAAGGCUGUUUGUUUCUUUUCUUUUCUUUUUUUUUCUCUUUUUUUUCUUUCUUUCCAGUUGUAAAUAAAUAUUGUUAUGUAUCAGUGUGCCUGAACCUUGCAUACCCUUCUGAUAUUUCCCACAAGCUCUCAGAGAGGCUAACUGUGAUGACACUUUGGUACAAUGUAGACGUCUAUUUGGUGGCUCCUAUUAAGAUGCAUCAGUGUAAAAUGUUACUGUAUUCACUGUUUCAUUGUAAUUGUGUAUUGUGAAAAAUAUACCUUUGGAAGGCAUGGGGAUCCUAGUACCACAAAAACUGUGUUGUAUAUAAUGUAUAGAUUUUAAAUGGAGAUAAUGAGCAUCUGUGAAUAAUGAAAUGUCUUUUUUGAUAAUCUUGAACGGCAGAUAACCUAAUAGCCUGCAUACCAGAAGACAUCUGUGAUUGUUCUAUUACUUGAAUAGUCCUGCAGUCUUUUUUUUAAUGUUUACAAUUACUGAGUUUUAGAAGAGGGACUUUAAUGCCAUUGCCUGGUUACUUGUUUUAUGCUGUAAUCUCGUUUAUUUUAUGUAAAAUGUAUAUCGAAUGCUUUCAUUUUUUAUACCUGCCUUAAAUAAUUUGGCAAUCAGAAUAAAGAAAAUAAGUUGUUUUUGUACUUUCUCGGUGUCUAUGGGCCGCUUUGAAAGAUGUGUCAUAGUUGUAGACAGCGGAGGCUGCAGCUACCACACACAGCUACUAGUCCGUGUGCCCAGAGGUUCUCCCUGUGGCUCAGUUCCUGGUGUGCACCUGCAGCCCUCCCAUGCCUCCCCGCUGGGCCUGUGGUGUUGUCCUCUCCCAGCGGGCGAGGUCCACUCCAGAGGUCCAAGCCAGAUUGCAGUGGACCUCUUUCAGUUGACACUGAUAAGCUCAAAAAAGGCCCAUAGUAACACCUUGGAUGGUAUUAGUGGAACUUAAUUCUCUGAUACCUGUUGUAGAGCAGCUCUGUGUGCUAUAAAUUAUAUAGGCAAAUUUUUUCUAUUAUAUCUGAAUGCACCCCUCUCCCCCAUGAAUAGAGGCCUAAAAACAGAGGAUGUGUCGAUUAAAAAAAAAAAAAGUUCCUUGCUGUGCUUAAUCUGCGUUACCACAAAAUAAAUACUUUAUGUGGCUGUACCGCCUGUUUUGUUACAGUGUGGUUAACACAGUACACAGUAAUAUGAAGUCACUAAUCAUGACAUGAAAAAAAAUCAGAUUUACUGGUCAGAUUUUUGAGGCUUUAACUUUUGUCUUUUCCUGCAUAUCCCAGUUAUAUUGCUUGUCAAAACUGUUUUUUAAAGUUUCACUGUUUUUUUUUGGUUUUGUGUUUGUUUUUUUUUUUGACAGGGUGAAUUACUGCAAGUUAAAGCUUGUUCUUGAAGUCGGUUCCAUUUCUUCUACCUUGUGAAUACUUAAUACAGAAGGAUGAAUUAAAGAUUCCCAACAGACAAGCACACUUGGACUUUUUAUAUUGCUAUGAUGAAUCUGCCAUUAAUAUUGCUAUAAUUGUUUUAUUUUUAUAGGCAUAAAAUCAGUUCCCUUAGUGACUAGUUAUAAGGCUUAUUGAUUUUUACUACACAUCAUUCAUCUGUGGCUUACUCUUAUUGUCUUGUUCUGAACACAUUCAGAAGUCUCACAGUGGUGACAUACUACAAAUUAGCCUCAUAAAAAAUGGGAAGGAAGGGGUGUUUUCUUUGGAAAGGGGAUAUUGUGAAUGCAGGGCUC